AAAAAAAACAAAAAAAAAAUCAAGACAUUUGUCUCCUUUAUAUCAUCCACUUCGAUAUUGAAAAUGAUCGUUCGAAUGUCGUCUACCAGUCUCGAAUAUUAACCAAUCGUCAUUACCCAUUUGUCACCGACCAAUAGGAGCAUUUAAUUUCGUACGGACCAAUCAGAUGAGCUAAAUGAUAACGAGUAGACGUGUUUUUAAAGAAAUCGUCCCUUUGUAAACAAAAAAUUUUUUACUAGUUUUGUUUGGCCUGUGCUUAAAACUGAGAAGAAAGUUGAAUCAUAAUUUGUUAUGUUGACCUUAAAGUGAUAUGUAAAAAAAUAAGAUAACUGAAGUAAGCAUGGCAACUGACAUAGGAGAUAUAGUGAAGCAAGGAUAUGUCCGGAUACGUAGCCGGAAACUUGGUUUAUGGCAGCGGCGAUGGAUUGUUCUUUGUCGUGCUUCCAGUAAAGGGCCAUGCCGACUAGAAAAAUAUCUAGAUGAGAAGAGUGCUCGGAGUAGUGCCGGACAUAAGGUCGCCUUAUUAAGCACAAUAAGUAACGUAUCAAGAAUGGCGACGAGUAUGAAGAGGCAUGGAUUUAUUGUGUCUUUUAGAGAUAGCACAGCAAAAUGUAUGGCUUGUGAUUCAGAUCUUGAAGCAGAUACAUGGGUGAAAUUACUGGUUCAAGAAUCAUUUUUACCUCAGCCAGGUUUGGCCACUGGCGAACCGGAUGUAUUAAGUCCAGGAAUACAAAAGGAGUUACAAGAACAAUUUCAUGUUUAUCUCAUGCCAACACCCAAGUUAGACGAAUUUGGCGAAUGCUUACUGCAGGUAACUCAUGAGAAUAUAUAUUUAUGGGACAUUAGUAAUCCUAGGUUGAAAUUGGUUGCUUGGCCACUCACUGCACUUAGAAGGUAUGGCAGUGAUCCGACAAAAUUUACUUUUGAAGCAGGCAGACACUGUACAACUGGUGAAGGAAUGUUUGUAUUUCACACAUUAGAAGGAGAAAAAAUAUAUCACAAAGUACACCAAGCAACACUGGCAAUUGCCGAAGCUCACCAUCGGUUACGGAAAAGUGAAGACAGAGCAAACGGUGCAGUGCAGUCUCAGGAAUCUUCAAACAGAGUAUCUAUUCAAAGUGCUCCCAGUUCUCAAGAUACUUCUUCUUACAACAGUGCAUUAGAACUGCAAAAUUAUUUUCAAGAUGGUGGGCAAGUUGCCGUUGAUGGACAACCGAGUACGAGUGGUGGUAACAAACAACAGUCUGGAGACGAUGCGUUUCGCAAGAACUUACAAGUGCCACCACCAUCAUCAAAAUGCAGCUUGCGUUCUCAUUUAUUACAAUACACCUCAAAGCAGUGACAAAUCACAUCUUGAAAUGAUAGUAGAGAGAUUUGUACAGAUAUGGAAACAGCAAACUGCAUUGAAGUUGCAUUUAAAAAGUACAAGUCACAUUGAUACACUUAUAUUAUUGACUUAAAAGUCAAAUUUUUCAAGGCAGACUCAUGAUAAUUUUAAAAGACUAUUGUUUAUGUAAAUGAUUAUUCAAAGUUAUAUUAACAUACAUACACACACAUACAUACAUACACACUGUUUAUAAAAGAAUAUACAUUACUGAAAUUCAUAAGAUUACUUCCGUCCAUAGUUUUUAAAAUUUUUUGUUGUAGAACUCCUUUCAGUUUUUAAAUUUGUAUAUUAGAGGCUUUUUGAGAAAGGUCUUAUUGAAUGUUAGAUGCUGUUUAAAAUAGUUUAUAUUAUUUAAAGGAAUUUAUAUUUCCAUUAUUGGAAGGACAAUCAUUUUUUUAAAGGAUUAUUUUAAAAAAAUAGAGUUUAAUAGAUAAAAUUAACACAUUUGCUACAUUUUAUCUAAUAACUGUCAUUUGUAAAUGUGUACUGAGAGAAAUGAUUUCAUGAAGGCCAUGAAAAGAAAGUAUAGGUCAUAGCAAUUUGAAUAGCAUGGCUGUGAUUGACUUUCUAUUUAAUGCAGUUUAUAAUAAAAAUUAGCUAGAUAAUAUGUGUAGGCAGAUGUGUUAAUUUGUUAUUUAAUAUUCUAUGUGCAACUGAUAAUUUUAUGACAAAAUAUUUAACACUUGUUGAGAUAUAUAUAUACAUAUAUCUCCUUCAAGUAUUCCUGAAUUGGAAUGUCUAAAUAGAUAUUGAUAUUAUUAUUCUUUAAUGCAUUUGUAAAAAUUUUUAUUUUGCUAAUUGUCUUUUUAAUUUGGCAUUCUUUAUAUUAAUUUUUAUAAAAGUAAACAUCCCUUAAUGCAAAUGUACAGCUAAUUCAGUUAAUAGUGUGUGAUAUGACAAAUUUGUUAAUAUCAGAUUGUUUUGCAUUUCUUGUUAAAUGGAAUUAUCGUCAUCUUCAAUUGACAAAUUUUAGUGUCUGUUUACUACCCCUGAUGAGUGGUUUUUGUAAAGAUAUAUAUAAAAUCGUGAAUAUCAUUGCAUUUCAUAGAAUUGUUUAUCACAUUUCAGAUUUUUAAGUAUUGUAAACUUUAAGAUAGAUAUAUAAAAACUUAAAAUGUAAUCAUUUGAAUAAAAUAUUUAAAUAACAA